CGCUUCACUGACUGAGCCAUCCAGGUGCCUCUCUACCUCACAGCUUUGGAUCAUUUUCCCUUUUUUCUCCCAGAAUCUUUUCUGCUCAACAAUCAGAUGCAAAGCCAGUCUUGACAAGACCAAAAAAUAGAUACAAUAGACACAGAAGUACAUCUGGGUCAGAUCAGGCCCUGGGGAGUCAGGAGCUGUUCUAACACACCUUUCUUCAGUGCAUGGUUCUAGAAGGAGGGGACAGGCUCUGUGGGAAGUAUGGGAAAAGCACAUGCACCUGUGGCCAAGGGUGUUUUAUCCCCAUUAGAAAAUGGACAAGAGACAUCUUACCAAAGAGGAUGGACGGGAGCACAUAAGCCACAGAAAGAGGGUCAGCCAUCAGGAAACAAGGUUAGAACGGUGAUGAGGGUCACCGCAGACCCGUUGGAAGGGCCGAAACCGAAGCCACAGCCACGCCAGAGGCCGGUGAGGAUGUGAGAGCACUUGGUCACUCACACACAGCUGGUGAAGCCAUUGUGGAAAAAACAGUUUGACACUUUCUUAGCAAAUUAAACAUGCAAAUACCCGUACAACCUGGCAGUCAUACUCAUGGGCAUUUACCCCAGAGAAAUGAGGACACGUUCGCACAAAACCCUGUACAUGAAUGUUCGUCGCAGAAUGCUAGUAACAGCCCACAUGUCCCGUAGUGUCUGUACUGUGCAGUGUUUUUCAGCCAAACAAGGAAAAACUGUUGUUGCACACAACAGCCUGGACGAGUCUCCAGAAAAUUAGGGAGCGGAAAAUAAUCCAAUCACAAAAGGCUACACACUGUAUGAUUCUGUUGAUUAAACGUUCUUGGAAAGACAGAAUUACAGCAUUGGAAUAACAGAUCAGCACUGCCACUUACAGAGAGGGGGUGUGGCUGUGAAGCUGCAAGCGUUCCCUUUGCUGGUGGUAACUUGCAGUGGUUUUUCAAGAUGUUACUGUUGGAGACACUGUGUAAAAGAUACACAUGAUCUCUCUCAAUUAUUGCUACUACCUGUGAAUCUACUGUUUUCUCAAAAAAAGUUUUAAAAAGCCCAUCAGCAAAAAAUGGCAAGCAAGCAAAAACUUUCUCAAAGCUCUUCAUUAGCACUUCUGCAUUAAUAUAAAUUAAUCACUCUGCAUAAGUACUAUAGAGAGCAAGAUGUAAGAAAUUCAAAUAUCGUGGUGGAACUUUGGCUAAUUUCUUAAUAAGGAGGCUGAUACGGGUCUCAGUAACCACUGUAAGGUGGAGAGAGCAGAGUCUGGGGCCAGCCAUUAGCACCCUUACAGGAGCUCUUUGAGCCUCAGCAAGGGGCAGGCCCUGUGCUGCCCAACGUCCUCCCUUGAAGGGGGCUCCCUCCUGCAGUGCCAGACUCAGAUGCCUGCAGUGGGGACCAGCCUCUUCCCACAACUGACUCUGACUCUGGAGGACUGGACCCUUCACACAGCAGUCAUAGACCUAUUUCAACAUCCUGCAGGCAGACACUUAAACAGAAGUGCAGAUGGUGUCCCUAGGUUUCAAGCUCUGUUGGAGGGGCGAACCGGGGCUGCUGGGGGCCAGGGGUGCAGAAGCAGGGAUGUGCACAGGGAGUCCUGUUGUCCCCCAGAGGAGGCAGGGCCAGGCUUCGAGGACCAAGGGUAGGAGGAGUGGUAACAAAAUGGUACAUUAUGGGAAGGGUGUUGCACUGCAGAACCAGGAUUCCUUCUGGGAUGGGGAGGGCCUGUCCGCUGGUACCCUUGGACUCUUAUUUAUUGAGAGGUGUUACUGCCUUCGGGAGGCUGAGUCACGAACAUUAUGGAGAAAUGGGACCGUUUGGAUUUCCUGCCCAGGAAGCUGCAGCAGAACCUUCUCAUGUCUGCUGCAGUUCUGGCUCAAGAAAAAGUUACUGGAAGCACCUGGAUGUCCGACCUUGUGUACAGAUUGUAGGUUGCCAGGUGAGGAGAGACCCUCCCAACUCCACUGAGCGAUACACAAGGUGGAUCAACCAGCUAGCGCCAGACCAGCUUCUCACUCAGGUCUUUACCUCCAAUGGCCCAACUGUGAUCAUGCCCACCUGGUUCUGCUCUCGAGCAUGGUUCUCCUACGUGGGCCCAUUUGACGAAGGCGGGAAGGGUGAGCCGGAGGACCUGUUGUUCUUCUAUAGCCACCUCAGAAAGGGCGGCGGGGUCAUUCGCGUGGACCAGAGCCUCCUCCUCUACCGCUACCACCCCAACGCGGCCACACACUCUGUCCUCGAGACCACCAUCUGGACCCAUCGCGUGCGCUUUCUGGAAGAGUGGGCGCUGCCGCACUGGGCCACCUUCACCAUCUGGAACGCGGGCAGGCAAGGCCGCCGGCUCUAUCGCAGCCUGACAGCCGGGAUGCGGCGCAAGGUGGUUGCUUUCUGUGACGUGGACGAGAACAAGAUCAGGAAAGGCUUCUAUUGCCAUGAAGACUCUCAGGAAAGGCCGAAGCCUCGGGUUCCGAUCCUGCACUUCCGAGCUGCACGGCCGCCCUUCGUCAUCUGCGUGAAGCUGGACCUCACCGGGGGCGCGUUUGAGGACAACCUGCGGUCGCUACACCUGCAGGAGGGCCGGGACUUCCUUCACUUCAGCUGAGGGCCUGGACAACUGCCUCCAGAGGGUCUGGCGGGACGCCGUCAGGGGAGCACACAAGGUGAACGUUCCCACAUGGUGCCUCGGCCCAGGCAAGGAAACCACUCCCGCUGAAGGACGCAGCAAAAGCACCUGCCGCUCGGCCCCCGUCCCCGUGCACGCCGGAGAGGGCAGCUGGCUCCCCAGCCCUGACCCCGUCGGUCUUGGCGCAGGGCCCCGACCCCAGCGCGGCCACCGCCUUCGCCUCCGGUGUGGGCGGCAGCUCCCACGUCCAGCCCGCAGACGAGGCGCAGCCCCGCGAAGCGCCGUGCACACCAGCCUCACUGAGGGGCCUGGGCUCUGGGGAAGACACACCUCGCCAAGGUGAGCGGGUGCACCGUAGUGCUUCCCCACAUCACCGGAGAACCCGAGAUCCGAGGACACACGCUCGCAGGGCUGUUCGCUGGGUUCCUGACUCCCGACUCGAGACUCUGCUGUGGGGGCGCAGCCGGGCUCAGGCAGGAUGCUUGGGUUGCCCACAACCGUGUGAGGGUAGGUGACCACGUGCAACGCCCACAAGCACCGGGCACGAUGGGGUGAGGCAGAGGCAAGGUUGGGCGCCCACCCCUUGGCCGUUUCUCUGGCCCGUCUAGGGUCGCUUGGGGCCACCCUCUGCCCCCCCAGGCCCCCGCAUCAGCAUCACACACAGAGACACAGAACUGCUCA